UGUUGUGGCCGAAACGUCGUGAGAAUAUUAUUGUGUUAUUUUAUUAUUUUAUUCUCAUUCUACGUGACUUUACCGAAAGAACCAAAGAAGAUGAUGAAAUAAGUAGGUGAACGGGAGCAGGUGUUGGAGUGCUUUAAAAAAUGAAAUCUAAUCACGAGAGGCAGAGUAGCGUUACGCCUAAAGAAAACGUUUUUAUUGAGUGUCAUAUGUGUCAAUAAACGUGGACAGCAGUGAACAAAAAGCUAAAAGUGUGCAAAGAAGCAGUGAGAGGUGCAUGCUCGGAAUUAUGUCGAGGGACAUGAGUCGUCGUUUAAGAACAUAGAACGAAUGGUGGCCAAGGGAGAAAAGGUGCCCAAGAGAAUGUCCACUGUGGAGAUAAGUGGCGAAAUGGUCUCAUGGACAGGUACUCUCUGUAUCACUGAAUCGUCAAAGACGAGAUUGAUUGCGUCUAGAAGACGCGCGGGUAGGUACACACCGUGAACACACUUGUAGUAAUAACUAGAUUCCACAAUGUGGUUCAUAGAAACAUAGUUCAUAUUAAAAGUACAGAUUAUCGCCAAAUAUAUAUUUUAAAUACAUUACCCAUGCAGUAGAUUCUGAAAUGAAAUGCUCUCACACCAUCUUCAUUAGCAUACACAUUCACCGUAAACUCAAGUGCAACUGAAACAACCUUAAUGGGAAGUGCCUUUGCUUAAUUUAACGACACAAUAAAUGGGGAAAGAAAGGAAGCGACGUAUGAUAAUAAGCAUCGACGUCAUGACGUCGUGGCUGCUGCGCUGUUAAUUCCGGGGCCCUGUGAACCCUUGUGUGUCCACAAUGCAACAAGCCUUUGCAGCGGUUGUGUUUUUUUCACGAGCGAAUGUUAGCCUCGCUCCUAAAGGAGAAAUGGAAAAUUCUGUAUUGCAAAUUUUUUUUGCUGGAAAGUGCAUGGUCAUUAGGUGAUUAGGGGACGGGGAGGGGAGGUUGAUGAGGAAGAUUCAUCCCACCUGUAGGAUGGGCUGCCCUCUUGUAAGUGGGUAAGGAACCUAAUUUGUCCAUUAGUCAGUUCGUGGAAGAUGGCAGCAGCCUUCACGCGGCCCUCUCUGUCGAGUGAAAAAUCACGACGAAUGCAAUCAACGCGGCGACCGAACAUCGAUCAACGAUCUCCCCGUCUCCAGAGCAUGAGCUACAACAACUUGAGUUAUUUUUGUUGAAGGCUCAUUCUAACUCCAAUGAACCAGUGACCAAUGGGAUUGAUGACAAACUAUAUAUAUAUAACAUGUGACCUUUGACCUCGGCUAAACAACCGACCGAAAAUAAUUACUAUGUAAGACCACCACUAGAAUAUGGCAUAAGGCUUUCCCGCUUGAUAUCAUGUGACUCAUGCAGCAUAGUUUUAUGGUUUGUGGUAAUAAAGUGAUGACCCAAUACGCAGAAUUGGUAAUGGCCUGUGUGUGAACAUACGGAACAUAUAUCUCCCGCGACCAAAUAGGGUAAGUCCUUGCUUAACGCGUGUUCACACAACACGUUUUUGCUAUAACGUGGUUCUUCUAUUUGGGAACACUUUUUUACACAAUGCGGAACAUGCGUUUUAAUACAGAACAUGCCCGUUAUAACACGUAACACACCCGUUAUAACGUGCUUUCUAAACAAUCGACAACUACUUUCUUGAGCUGCGCGGUUGAGCGGUGUGAUAUAGCACGCGGAAUGAAACGGUAACGCGGCGGCGUACCCUCAGUUCCAUGUCCCGCCAUCUUACUAUGUGUGCGGACAUCACAUCUCGCCAAACUUUGUUGUUACAUUACUUACGGGGAAAUAGUUUUUGCUUAACUCGUUUAUCACUUCACAUGACACUUUUCAGGAACGCAUUUAACGUGUUAAGGACUUAAUGUACAGUGGUGUCUUCUGUGGGAGACUUCUAAAAUGCCAUAGGGCACAUAGUGAAGAGGUCAAUUAAGACUUGGGUAAAUUGAUAUCACAGAAAGAGCUGCGUGAAUCUAGAGAGGAGCAUUUCAAUUGGGAAACACAAUGGAAAGAGGUGUGGAGGGAGGAUGGUCAUCAACAAGAUGGCAAGAUCGGAUGACAGAAGAUGUAAGAAUGAUAUUCUUGUUUUUUUCGGUAAAGUCACGGAGAUAGACAAUUUUGUUUAAAUUAUUUUCGUGACUUUACCGAAAUAACCAAGAAUAUGAAUUCCUGCAGUCACGAAAGUUUUAAGUAAAAUGUAAGAAUGAAUGCAAUAGAAGCAGGAAUAAUGUAAUAGAAGCAGGAUCAAAGGGUUUGUAAGCUGCUCAUAGACAAUGCUGUGAGGUCUCAAUAGGCAUUGGCUAAAUGGACAAGGUGUUAAAUAUUGCUGAUUCUUUGGUUAGCAAUUAUUCUGAAACACAGUACCGUCUUCACUGAAAAAUGAUAGAAGCACGAUAAAUGGCCUGGAGGGUUAUAUAUUUAACAUCCCAACACGCCCACCCCCCAGUUUGAAAGGCACAUCCAAAACUGAAAUGUAUUAUCACGUUUCAGUAGAUGGCAGGUAUUUAGAUCAGCAUUGUUUGUCGCCAAAUGCCAAGGGCUGUUCUGGAUGUCUGCUGACCCUGUGAUAUUAGUGGUUUUGCAAGAAACAAAUAAUUAUUAUUGUACUCUAAUCAAUUAAUUUAAAACAAAUCUGAAACCAUAUAAUGCAAACAUGGAAUGUGUAAACAUGUACGGGAUUGCAUACAUUGUAUGUCAAUAACUUUAAUGACACAAUUUAAAUCUAUUUCACAUUUAAUAAAAAGUCAACUAUAUUUUGUAAUGUAAUGCCGUCCGAGAGUGUCAGAUUAGUCCGUUUAAAGCCUGUGGGCAUGUGGGUAAUAAUCCAACACCUUGCGCAUUACAAAUGUUUGCAGUUGUAACAUGUUUGCGCUAUUGUCACCCACACUGGUAUCACCCGAAGCCACGUUGCAUAUCUGUGGUCUAGGUGAUGUUUCGCUUGUUAAUGUAUUUUGUAUUUAUGGCAGAACGCUGACUAGUAUGACCGACACUUUUACUACAGUGACGCACAAAGUUUGCAGUGAACUGUGAUUUUUAACAAAGCAAAGAGUGCCGUAACUUAUGCCUCUUCUAUAAUAUUACACUGAAAAUAUCAGCGGAUACAUUAUGUUCAACGUUUGCUAAAAUGUAGUUCAUAAUUUGUAUUUAUAGUAGGAAGUAUAAAACAAAACACUUAAUACUUAAUAUCCAGGUUCCUUUUACAUUGGAGGAGUAAGCAAAGCAUGUUAUUUCAUUCUUUAAGUUAUCCUGAAAGAAAAUAUAUCAAAACCCAAAAAGCAAAAACAGAGAGAACACUGUUUUUGUGACCACAUAUCAAUGGCUGUGGUGAAGCCUCUGUCUGCCUAUUGUUGAUGUCGAUGUAGAGCAACAGCUGUAAUUUUAGAUGAGGUGGUUGAGCCGGAUGAUUGUGUCAAGAGUAGUGGAGUGUAUCGCUGCUGUGAUGAUGCCUCCUUUGUGUUUGUGAAUUAGGCAUUGAGGUUGUUAUAUGUUCCAUCGUCUGUUCUGGGUUCCAUGGUCUGUUCUGUGCUGCAGUAUGGCUUGCUGUUUUACUGCUGUAGAGGCCAUAGCAAGCUGCACCCAGGCACGGUCCCCAAACGUUCUAAGCAUGUCCCAUGUUAAAUAAUCAAAUAAGAUGAGCCUUGUCGUUAAGGUGCAGGGACUAGGUGGGUUUCUUUGUAGAUUGUUGACCUAUGGGAAGGGCUUCACGGGCACUCUCAUCAGCUCAGAUAUGAACUCUUGAAGAUAAUAUAUCACACAAAUGCAAAAUCACAUUGAAAAUCCUCACAUGGAUUGGCAGAAAAAAAAUGUUUGUUCAAGAAAUAUGCAAAGGGUAAAUAGUUUAAUAUUCUUUUAUGCAUAUUUCUCACUGGGAUUUUUUUUUGCAAUGCAUUGUGAGGCAUGUGCUUUUUACAUUUUACAUUCAGCAUGGUAAUUGCAAAACUAUAAUGCUUUUGAUCCUCUGGUGAAAUGGAUAAAAGUAAAACUUCAUAAGAUAGCAAUUGCCAGCAAGGUAUAAUUUUUCUGCAGUAUAAACAAGCUGACAAAGUGUGUGCUUAAUUCAUCCGCAACUCGAUAAGUGUAUCAACUUAUCAAUAAGUAAAUCAGCGAGUCAGACACAUGGGCACUGCGAAUUGACAUUUUCAAUUAAGGACCACAUGUGUUAUGGUUUCGUAAUCCUUUAACCUUAUAGAUUCGUUGUUUCCACCAUCAACAAACGUGUCUACAUUUUUUCCUCAGAGAUAUUUCAGUUUUAUCAUCGCAUAAUUUUUUUACGCAAAUAUACUUCUUUCAACCAAUGCACACAGAUUCCUCCAAAUGUCCACGUGUAGAAAUUAUCGGUGAUUGUAAAGAUUUUGUUUGGCUUUGACGACGCCUGCCCUGACAGCAGAAGGCACUCUGACCAAUAGCUCAUUACAAGGUCAAUGCCUUUCUUUGCUCAGGCGAGCGUGAGGCAGAGCUCAUGGGGUAGGGCCUGAGUAGCGUGGGGUCAGUUGAUCCAUAGGAAAGUCACCGGUGACUUUGAUCAAAGCUGUAGUCUGUUUAUUGACCCCAGGGAGGAACGUGCUGACUUAGCUCCCCUACUGGAGCUUGAACUUCCCAUCUUGAAUGAACUCGAAUUAAGGGGACAAAUGUGGGCCUGGACAUUCGGUUAACUCUCCCGUGUCUGUGCACACUCGUCAAGGGUCAGAGACUCUCUGCCCACCUGACCACAACCGCUUUGGCAACUAAACUGAUCACUUUGAGAAGGAAUAAACACGCAAGACACAUUCUUAAUUUCACCCCUUUCUACGUAGGUGAGCAAUAAAUACGUUUUGUAGCCUCAUUGGGUUAUGUUUUGCAUUUCCCCUUGUUUUGUUUUUCAUCCGGGCCACCCCUCGGCUCACACCAUUACCUCGGCUAAUCGAGAGUUGACUGCAUCACUAGAAGGGAUGAUGAUUGACGGAUAAGACUGGUGACAGAGCGGGAGCCAAAAGAGAGAAUGUGCCUAAGAGAAAAAAUGGAUCAGCUCAUGUGUAAGAGUCAAAUGAUUUGUGGCAUCACAGAAUGGUGAAGAGAUGGCAACGCCGUGGGGAGGAUUUUAUCCAGCAGUGGAUAGACCAUGGUUGAUGACGAUGAUCGUAUAAUGUCUGAACAUAUUAAGCAAUGAUGAUUAAUGUUAUCAUAUAAAAAUGUAUUACCUACUUUGUUAAAGAUAUAUGAUUUAGACUAUUAUAUUAAAUACAUAUGCGUUUGUGUUUAUAUGUGCAUUUCUGCUAACCCUAUUAACAUGAAAAUCUGUGUCGUGGUGUUUAAUGGGUGAACGAUGUAUGUACAGUAUAUAAUGUGAUGGUGGUUAGUGCACUGCGCUAUGAACCUGGUGACCUGUAUUUCAUUGUCAGUCAUGGCUAACGAUAUUUGACCCAGUCCUGAGCGUUCCAUGUCACCAACCCGCAGUUACCAGCAUGGUGAAGUGCCGUCAAACAACACCUGUGACUGACACGGCGCGCGAAGGCGUUCAUCCAGCAGUGGAUUGACAAAGGCUGAAUGGCAGGUGCGGCGUGGCUCUACGGCCUGCUGGCCUCACUCUGGGCACUGACCAGGGCUCAGCCUGGCCCUUCCCCGCUCUUCACUUCAGUGGGAGAACGCUUCCUGCCCCAGGAUUACACACACAACCCUGUUCAGCUGAACUACGGCGUGGCAGUGACCGAUGUGGAUGGAGACGGAGACCUUGAAAUCCUCGUAGCAGGGUACAAUGGGCCCAAUCUGGUGCUGAAGUACAACCGCGCAAGUGGGCGUUUGGAGAAUGUGGCGCUGGACGACAAGAGCUCCCCGUUUUACGCCCUGCGAGAUCGGCAGGGCAACGCCAUUGGUGUCGCCGCUUGUGACAUUGAUGGGGACGGCCGAGAGGAAAUCUACUUUCUCAACACCAACAAUGCCUAUUCAGGAAUGGCUACUUACUCGGAUAAGCUGUUCAAGUUCCGUAAUGGGCGCUGGGAGGACAUCCUUAGCGACCCGGUGAAUGUGCAGCGUGGCGUCGCCUCCCGCUUUGCUGGCCGCUCAGUUGCCUGCAUCGACAGGAAGGGAACAGGCCGCUAUUCGGUUUACGUGGCAAACUACGCGAAGGACGGCGUGGGCCCCCACGCUGUCAUCGAGAUGGACGAGGCGGCCAGCGACGUCGCUCGAGGGAUUGUCAUCCUUUCUGAAGUGGCCAAGGAGGCCGGAGUCAACAAGUUCACAGGUGGCCGUGGCGUGACUGUUGGUCCAAUCAUAAACACCAACAUCUCGGACAUCUUCUGUGACAACGAGCACGGUCCCAACUUCCUGUUCAAGAACAAUGGAGACGGAACGUUCACCGAUGUGGCCACUGCAACAGGAGUGGCCGACGCCGAUUGCCAUGGUCGUGGAGUGGCUCUUGCUGACUUCAACAAAGAUGGCCGUGUGGACAUUGUGUACGGCAACUGGAAUGGGCCCCACCGUCUGUUUCUGCAAUCAGAAACAAAUGGGAUCAUCCAAUUCCGGAACGUGGCCACCAAAGACUUUGCCACCCCCUCUGCGAUCCGCACCGUCAUCGCUGCCGAUUUUGACAAUGAUCAAGAGCUGGAGGUCUUCUUCAACAACAUUGCGUACAACGACAAUGCUCCGAACCGCGUCUUCAGGGUAUCAGGCCGGGCAGGCAAGGACCCCUUCAUCGAAGAACUGGACGUGGGAGAAGCCAAGGAGAGCUGGGGCAGAGGUACAGGUGGAGUGGCGACGGAUUUUGAUGGAGAUGGCACGCUGGAGCUCAUCCUGUCUCAUGGCGAAUCCAUGGCCCAGGCCCUGUCCAUCUACAAAGUCACUCAGAGCACAGGCAAUGGCUGGCUGCGCGUGGUGCCGCGCACGCGCUUCGGUGCAUUCGCCCGUGGCGCCAAGGUGGUGCUGUACACAGCGCAGAGCGGCCCUCAGCUGCGCGUCAUCGACGGCGGCUCUGGAUAUCUGUGCCAGAUGGAGCCCGUUGCCCACUUCGGCCUGGAGAAUGACGUGGGCCUACGCGUGGAGGUGACGUGGCCUGACGGGUACUUCUUCUCGAGAAACCUGCGCAGAGAUGAAAUGAACUCACUGAUUGAGAUCCCCUACCCCGAUGGAGAGAGCCAGCAGGACAGCGAGAGCAAACCACAGUGUGGAGAAGGAUUCACCCUGAAUGAUAAUGGAAGAUGCGUUGAUGUGGACGAGUGCAGCAGCGCCCAGCAGCCAUGCCCCAGCACCAGGCCCCUUUGUGCCAACACUUUUGGCAGCUUCAGCUGCAAGCCUGACUUGUCGUGUCAAGGUGGCUUUGAGCCAGACCAGCAGGGCUCUGCAUGUGUUGCUGCACUGGAGGACCUCCCCGGCAACCGGGCUCUCUUUCUGUCCUGCCAAUGCCUCCUGCUAAUCCUUGGCUUUCUCCUGACACUCAGCACAUAGCAGGCCGGUGGUGUACCCUGGAGUCGGGUGUUACAGUGAGGGAAAAAAGUAUUUGAUCCCCUGCUGAUUGUGUACGUUUGCCCACUGACAAAGAAAUGAACCAUCUAUAAUUUUGAUGGUAGGUUUAUUUGAAUAAUGAGAGACAGAAUAACA